AUGGCUCCGUACCCGGCGUACGCUCCCCAAUCUCCCUCCUCCAACAUCCCCUACUCGAACGUCCGCCAGAACUCUCUCCCUCAAACCAAUGCCUACCCGCCUCCCAACCGAUACGACCGCAGCGCGACGUCCCUAGACUCCGAAGACAGCGCGGACCACGACAAGGCCAAGUGGCACGCACCCGGCGCCAUGGGCCCCCGCGGCCCCGCCGUCGAGGUCCGCGCAGUGACCCGCACUCCAAGCCCAACCCCAAGCGAGGCGAAGGAGCUCAAGAAGUCCGGCAUCUUCGACUGGCAGGCGAUGUCCAAACUGCGGUACUGGUUCAGGAAGGAGUGGGCUUGGUACUACAUCAUCUUCAUCGUCUGUCUCGUUGGCGCCAUCCUCUUCACUGUCUACCACAAGACGAUCGUCAACCGGCUUCGACCCGCAGCGGACUGGAUGCACGACCUCCCGUUCGGUUGGACCAUCCCCAUCGCUGUGCUCUUCGUCAUCUCCUUCCCGCCUUUGUUUGGACAUGAGAUCGUUGCUAUUCUGUGUGGUCUCGUGUGGGGGCUUGGUGUUGGAUUCGCUAUUGUCGCCGCUGGAACCUUCCUUGGAGAGUUGGGCAACUUCUACGCGUUCAAGUACUGCUGUGCGGCACGUGGAGAGAAGCUUGAGCGGGACAAGCUUAGCUAUGCUUGUCUCGCUCGUGUCGUUCGCGAAGGAGGCUUCAAGAUCGCACUGAUUGCGCGUCUGAGCGCUAUUCCUGGUCACUUCACCACCGCGGUUUUCUCGACCUGCGGUAUGGGUGUGAUCACGUUCUCCAUCGCCGCCAUCCUCUCCUUGCCCAAGCAGUUCAUCACUGUCUAUCUUGGUGUUGCCCUCGAACAGUCGGAAGAUGGCCAUUCGAGCACCAAAGAUACCAUCAUCAAGGACUCCGUGCUCGGUGUCACUGCCCUCGUUACCAUCGGCGCCAUGUGGUACAUCUACGACCAGAUGAACAAGGUCAAGGUCCCAGUCAUCUACGAACGGCGCAAGGCUCGUCAAGCGAAGCUCGACAUGGCUGCUGCCCCCGGUAUGCCUUACGGCAACACCGCCAUGCUUGAAUCCACCGCUUCCGUCGCUUUUGACCCCUCGACGUCGACGGUUGACAUCCCCCUCAACGGCUACCAGCGCCCGGCGUACAACCAGCACCCAUACGCUGCCGCCGGUCGGGGCAUGCACGCCCCGCAGCCGCGCCGCCCCCAACAACCGAUGAGCGAGCGCUACCCGAACGCAGCUCUUCCUCCCGGAGCGGGCUACGCUUACCCUGUCCUUCCUUCAGAGCUCCCGAGCCACCGUGUCGUGCCCGGACCUGGUGGGGACCCCUUCUCGGAUGGCGCACGGGUCCUGCAUCAACAACAGCAGCAAGCCGGCGUAUCAUACCAGCGCCAAGGGCCUGCUCGCGGGUACGGCUCCCCUCCACCCGACACGUUCCCUAGUGCAGGUGGGCAGCGUCGCGGGCCUCGCCAUCCUGGCCUCCAAGAACCCUCACCGAGGCCGCAGCAAGAGUAUGCUCAGCAGCCACAGCCGACGCGCUCGCCACCCCCGGUGGCGCACAGCCCGACGAACCCGUACGAGCAGAGCGCGUACGCCGCGCACUCGUACGCGUCCCCCGCGUCGCCGCCGCCGCUGCCGAGCAUGGCCGCCACGCAGAACCCGUUCUCGGACCCGAGGGUGAUGCCGAACCCGUACGAGCAGCGGUCGGUCGCUGCGUCUGCCCCUCCAGCUUCGCACGGACAGGAGAUGCCGAACCCGUACGAACGCCACGCGGCCCAGCCGACGGACGCGACGUUCUACACCGCGCACUCGCGCUCGGCCACGGAGGAGCCGCUGUACCCGCCCGAGAAGGAGGAGCCGCCGUCGUACAUGUCGCACGAGCACCGCUAG